AUGAUGCCUUCUGACAAAUCUGUCUCAGCAGCUCCAGUUUUCCAGUUUACCAACUGCUGGAUUUUGAAGAACCACAAAUUGCAAAGAGAGGACCUGUGGGUGAGAGAAGGCCAGAUCCUGAACCCCGAGAAGCUCUUCUUUGACGAGAAGAGGCCGGCCGACGUCCGGCUGGACUGUAAGGGGAGCAUCCUCGCACCUGGCUUCAUCGAUGCGCAAAUCAACGGAGGUUUUGGAGUGGAUUUCUCCGCGGCCACCGACAACGUGGGAGCGGGCAUCUCUCUCGUCGGCCAGAAGAUCCUGUCUCAUGGAGUUACCUCUUUCUGCCCUACUUUGGUGAGCUCCCCCUCAUCCGUAUACCACAAGGUUCUGCCCCAGAUCAGCGUCCAAAAUGGAGGGUGUGAUGGCGCCGGAGUCCUGGGCGUCCACCUGGAGGGCCCGUUCAUCAGCAAGGAGAAGAGAGGGGCUCACCCCGAGCAGUGCCUUCGCACCUUUGGGAAAGAAGCCUUCCAGGAUCUGCUGGCUACCUACGGCUCCCUGGAGGGCGUCCGCAUCGUCACCCUGGCGCCGGAGCUAAAGAGGAGCGGCGAAGUGAUCCAGGAACUGACCAAACGGGGCAUCUGUGUGUCGCUAGGUCACUCCAUGGCUAAUUUAUCUCAGGCGGAAGAAGCUGUCCAGCAAGGGGCGACCUUCAUCACUCACCUCUUCAACGCCAUGCUACCUUUCCACCAUCGAGAUCCCGGGAUCGUGGGGCUGCUCACGAGCGACCAGAUCCCCCCGGCUCGGCAGGUGUUCUACGGCAUGAUCUCAGACGGGAUCCACACGAACCCUGCCGCUCUGCGGAUCGCGCAUCGGGCCCACCCCAAAGGGCUGGUCUUGGUGACGGACGCCAUUGCUGGGAUGGGCCUUGCUCCAGGUAGACACACCUUGGGCCAGCAGGUGGUUGAGAUGGAUGGUCUCAACUCCUACAUCGCAGGGACCAAAAUACUUAGCGGAAGCACUGCAAGGAUGGAUGUCUGCGUCCGGCAUUUCAAGGACGCUACAGGGUGCUCAGUGGAGACGGCCCUGGAGGCUGCUUCUCUCCAUCCCGCUCAGCUGUUGGGAAUCGAGGACAGGAAGGGCACCUUGGACUAUGACACCGACGCAGAUUUUUUGCUGUUGGAUGACAGUCUCCACGUCAGAGCUACCUACAUUGCCGGCCAGCAGGUCUGGAGGCACAGCGCCUUCGUUCUCUGAGGAGACCAGAGCAGGGAGGAUAACA